AUGAUGUAUAGAGUGGUGGAGUUAGGUUCAAAUUGCGCCGGGAAGUGGCCGAGAUUAGAGCCGACGCGGGUCGUGCCGCGCCGCGAACCGGAUGAGCGGCGUCGACGAUCGCGCUUUGAUUUAUCGGUCGACGGUUCGAUUCCCCGCGCUCUCGCCGUCCGCCUGUGUUUACGUUUGUGGGUGACGCUGCCGCGGGUGUGCCCGAUUGUCCCGCGGCCCGUGAGAGAUUAUCCAGGAUACCAAAGGAUUUCCUGGACGCGCGCCGGGAGCCUUCGUGAAGCAAUCGUACCUCGCCAGAAGCCGAAAAUUACCAUUGAAAUAGGCCCGCGAUGCGCUGAAGCACCGACGGUGCUAAGCGAGGCCCUGGCGGCCGGCAUGGAGCCGCUGAGCGAGAACGGCCUGUGCCUGUCCGAGCUGGAGCUGCACGGGGGCCACCUCCAUGAGUCGGUGGCGGCGUCCGUCGGCUCCGCCAUCUCCAGCUUAAUGGCGCCCCUGCACCAACGAGCCCCAGCACGCGCCCCUCCACCACGCCCCGCCACUCCACCACGAGCCGCUGGAGAAGCUCAAGUG